AUGGCAAUUCUUUGCAAGCAAAGCAAGUUACAACAGAACCUUGGAGGUCCUCCCUUAACGUCUCUUCAUGAAGCCCCAGAUCUGGUGCUCUGUUGCGAGGAUGGGGCCGAGAAAAAGGCCCUCCUCGUAGAGGCCGAGAAGCGGGCGAACGAGGAGCUCUCCUUCUUUCGAGACAAGGGUGACCGUCGCGGUGAGGCCAUGAUGCUUCUCUGCGGCGCCGAGGCGCUGUUGGAGAGCCGAAGGCUCCCGGAGGGCCGGCGCGGGAACAAGAAGCGGCAGGAGGCCCGUGCGGCCGCGAAGCGGGCACUGGAUACCUUCGCAGAGCUUGGGGAUGACGUGAACGAGGUGAAUGCCCAUCUCGUGCUGGCCAUGGCCUCGCUGGCCCUGAACGACCCGGGCGAGGCCUUGGCCUUCGCCGAGGGUGGCCUGGCACUGGCCAAGCGAGGGACGGAUCGUCGGCAGGAAGCACGAGCUUUGCACGUUUGUGCAAUUGCCGUCAGCAAGGGACCGACAGUGAAGGAUGCACUGGACAAGGGCCUUCGGUAUGAACAGGAAGCCCUCAGCAUCCAGAGAAAGUUGGGCACUCCCAAACCACUGGCCUGGCAGUGCCACUACGUAGCCAAGUGGUACCUCAUGAUUGAGCGCCCACGUGAAGCGGUCGCUCCGGCCAAGGAGAGUGUCCACAUCUUCCAGGAGCUGCGGACAGACUCCGGGGCGCUUCAAGAGUGCCAGCAUACGCUCUGCAAGUCCAUGGUAGGGGCUGCAGACGUGAAGGGCGCCUUGCGCAUCGCAAGGGAGGCUCUCGACGAGGUACGAGCCAGAGGCGAUCGCCGGUGCGAGGUUCUGGCUCUGGAAACCUUGGUUGCUGUGCACCUCGAGGCAGAUGCCUUCUUCGAGAGCGGCGAUCUGCAGGAGGCCCGAGAGCUCAGUGGGCAAGCGUACGAGAUCUGCCAGAGACUGGAGGACAAGAGAUGGGAGGCCACCGCGCUGCACAGCUCAGCUCAGGCUUGCCUGAGGCUUCGACUGCACGAGGAGGCGCUGACGAAAAUCACCGAGAGCUCGACCAUACUGGACGACAUGGGCGAGCAUGCUGAGAGGGCUACAAUCCUUCAGACCGCCCUUGAGAUCCUCAUGGCCAAGGGCGAUGGCCGCGCAGCCCUGGAGGUUGCCCAGGAGAUUCGGCGGACGACCAAGGAGAUUGGAAAACGCUCCAGGGAGGCAAAUGCCAUGCUCAUGGAAGCGCAGAUCCAGCACACCUUAGGACAGUUCGAUGCGGCAAAGCGCCUGGCACAUGAAGCCCAGGUGAUCUUCCAGCAGAUCGGGGACAAGAAGGGUGAGGGCCUGAGUUGGAGCGUCCUGUCGGAAGUCCAGAAGAACAUGGGCGAGAAGGCAGACGCUCUGAAAGCUUGCCGCACCACCCAGACCCUGUACCAGCAAGUGGGCGACAAGAGAUCACAGGCAUAUGCCAUGAAGAGCAGCACGACGCUGUUCGUGGCGCAAAGCUGCGAUGACGAGGCAGUUCGUUCCGCCAAUGAAGCCUUGACCCUGGCACGCGCCUCUGGCGACACCAAAGCUGAGGUAGAGAUGCUCAACUUGGUGGCGCAAGCCACGCUGAACAGCAUCAUCAAGCGCAGCCAGGAGAUGCAAGACGAGGACGCGAUCGUUCACAUCAUGCAGAGGGAGGCCUCUGCCGUGCGCCCGGCACGCGAGGCGGCUGCGCUGGCGCGGAAGAUGGGGGACAAGCAGAUGACCGGCAUAGCAACGUAUUCCGUGGCCCAGUGCCAUGCUGUUGCGGGGCGAACCGGUGCUGCUGUGCAGGCGGCCACGGAAGCGCGAAACCUUUUCGCCCAGACCUGGGACAGGCAAGGUGAGGCGAUGGCCAUCCUGAUGCUGGGCGAGAGCUCGGUGUUAGACGGAGACAUUCCUCGCGGCCGAGAGUUCACGAAGGAAGCCUCUGAGCUCUUUGCCAGCAUCAAUGACUUCGAAGGAGUUGAGAAGGCAGGGCGGACUCUCCAGCAAAUCGAAGAGAUCGCCGUGUCUCAGGGCGCACAUGUCCCUUCGCCGGAGGCGAAGGCACCCUCGCAGGAGGCUGCUGGGCCCUCGCUGGUCGUAGCCAAGCAGCCGCAGAUGACGAUCGAUAAGGCGCGGCAGCUCGCGAUGAGCUGCGCGGCCGAGGCCGUCGGAACCGAGGAGGCCAUUGCUUUCGACGAUGGAUUGAUGGACAUUGGCUUAGACAGUCUGGCAGCCAUCGCCUUCCGGGAGACGCUGUCGCGAGAGUCGGGCCUGAACUUGCCCAGCACCCUGAUCUUCGACUAUCCAAACCUAAGCGCGGUGGCCGCGAUGAUGGUGGAAUCGAGUGCGAUGUGA